UUGGUGAUUCUUUCUAUCCUAAUUAUUCUCCACAGCAUCCAUAUCAACAGCUUCGACACCCUGCUGCUGAUGUGUCUCGCAAUCAAGCCUCUAUGAGUGUACCUUCACUGGGUACUUUCUCUUUUGAAAGUGAUUUAUCCACAUCACAGCAAUUUCCACAAUAUUCACAACGUCCUGAAUAUCCACAACAAUCGCAACACCUACAAUAUUCAAGUCGUCCUCACACUGGUCCAACACCAAGGAUCUCUGUUCAUCCAGUUCAGCCAUAUGAAGGGCGUCCAUCAACGUCGACACCGCGAGCAGUUACUGUACCCGGUCCUGGUCGGCGACCUCAACAGCCUUCUUCUCAAUAUUUACCUAGUAUGCCACAACAUCCUUCCGUUUCGCAAAGAUCAAGACUAAUUAUUGGUACUAGCACUGCUGCUUCAAAUCUUAAUCCAAACUAUUCCGAUGACUAUAUUCCCCCUCUUCGAAAAUCAAUGGAAAACCUUCGUAAUAAAACACCCUUAAAUUAUCAUUCAUCUUAUCAUUCAGAGCGAUUUCGUUCAUUGUCAUACUCUGAACCAUCUCCACCAUCUGCUGGUUCAGAUGCAUCAAGUGCUCCUUCAUCACCCUCUUCCUAUACAGGAAAACAGCAUAUUCCAAUUGUUUACCCCGCUUUACUUUCAAAGGUUGCUGAUGCAUUUCGGUCCAGGAUUAUUCUUUCAAAUAGGAUGAAAGACAACCUCGAAUAUAAAGAUUGCUUUGACGGGAGAGAAGCUGUGGAUAAGAUCGCAUAUAUAAUCAAAACCACUGAUAGGAAUUUGGCAUUAUUACUUGGUCGGGCUUUAGACGCUCAAAAAUUUUUUCAUGAUGUGACAUAUGAUCAUAGACUUCGUGAUUCUGCAAAUGAAUUGAGGUUGGAACAAUCUGUACGGAAGAACAUGAAGCCAACCCCUGGUCUUAAACGUAGUUCUAGUCGUGGUUCUCUUUCAGAUAAAAAGGAUCGAAAGUUAUGGAUUCAUACUGUUCUUCCUGAAAUUGCUAAUUCAGUUUCUGAGACGGAGAAAAAACGACAAGAAGCUAUAAAUGAAGUUAUUUAUACUGAGAAUGAUUUUGUACAUGAUUUAGAAUACCUGAGAGAUUGUUGGAUGAUGCCUCUCUUAAAGGAAGAUAUUAUUCCUGAAGAUCGACGCGAAGAAUUUGUCGAUAAUGUUUUUUAUAAUAUAUUAGAUAUUUACAAAGUUAAUUCUAAACUGAACGAUGCACUUCAAAAACGACAAAAUGCUUAUGCCAUUGUUGAGCAAAUUGGUGACAUUUUUUUAGAACAUGUCCCAAAGUUUAAUCCUUUUAUUCAGUAUGGUGCACAUCAAUUAUUGGGAAAACAUGAAUUUGAAAGAGAAAAAAGCAGCAACCCGGAAUUUGCAAAAUUUGUUGAAAAAAUUGAACGUCUUCCCGAAUCAAGAAAAUUAGAACUAAAUGGGUAUCUUACAAAGCCUACAACCCGUCUUGGAAGAUAUCCAUUACUCCUUGAGGUUGUUCUAAAACAUACCCCUAGUAAUCAUCCUGAUAAGAUUAAUAUACCAAAGGUAAUCAAUAUCAUCAAAGAAUUUUUAACGAAUGUUAAUAUAGAAUCUGGGAAAUCGGAAAAUCGAUUCAAUUUACAACAAUUAAACGACCAACUGAUAUCUAGAGGGAAUGUGGAUCUGAAAUUGAAUGAAGAAGGACGUCAGCUCGUUUUCAAGGGUACUUUAAAGAAGCCCACUCGAGCUGGUGAACCGUCCGAUCUACAAGUGUUUUUGUUCGAUCAUGCUUUGUUAAUGGUGAAAAAUAAAAUCGUAAAUAAGGUUGAACAUUAUAAAAUUUAUAGAAAGCCAAUUCCUCUUGAAUUGUUGAGCAUCUCAAUAACUGAAGGACCUUCAGAAAACAUUCGUCCGAUUCAGAAACGGCCACAGUCAAUAUUACAUGGCGGAAAGGCUCAAGCAUCUAAUCGUGGAAAUAACAAUAAUCAACAUGCAUUAACACUAUGUUGUCUCGGAAAAAAAGGCUUUGCGGUAACUUUAUAUGCAACAACGAUUAUCGGUCGCAAAAAGUGGAUCGAACAAAUAGAAAAACAAAAAGAACUCAAUGAGAAAGGGAAGAUAUUUGAGAAAACUGUAUUAAUUGAAAAAGGACAUUUUCUUGAUACACAUAAGAUUAUCUGUGCCGUAUUUUUUGAUAAUUAUCGAAAAUUAGCCUUUGGAACUGAUAGUGGUGUAUAUGUACUGGAUAUUAGUCAAAAACAUGCAGUUCAAGCAUUACAGAUAGAAAAAGUAUCUCAGAUUGAAAUUCUUGAGGAUUAUCGAUUAUUAUUUAUAUUAGCUGACAAAAGUCUCUACUCAUACCCAAUCGAUGCAUUGGAUCCUGGUGAUACUAAUUCGGCCAGCAAACGUUCAAAAAAAAUCAGCUCACAUGCAAGUUUUUUUAAGUCCGGAACUUGUCGUGGAAAAACUUUAAUAACAGUUGUAAAAAAUAGUACGCUUCAAUCGACUAUUAAGACUUUAGAACCUCUUGAACAAAACGUUAAACAUAAGAUUAAAGGACCAACUUUUAAACUCUUGCGUGGAAGUAGCGAUGUGUUAAAAACAUAUAAGGAGUUCUGUAUACCUGCAGAAUUAACGUCAGUUCAUUAUCUCAAAAAGAAUUUAUGCGUAGGUUGCACGAAAGGAUUUGAAGUUGUUGAUUUGGAGACUCUUAAAACGCAAGGAUUACUGCAUCCAGAAGAUACAUCACAUGAGUUUGUACUUAAAAGAGAAAAUGUAAAGCCUAUUGCUAUUUAUCGUGUUGGGGGUAGCGAUUUUCUGUUAUGUUAUGAUGAAUUUGCAUUCUUUAUUAAUAAAGAAGGAUGGAGAUCACGGGACAAGAUGCUAAUAACGUGGGAGGGAUCCCCAACCUCUUUUGCCUACCACUAUCCUUAUGUUCUUGCAUUUGAACCUUCGUUCAUCGAAAUACGUCACGUUGAAACAGGCCUUUUAGAACAAAUUAUUGCUGGACAUAAUGUACGUUACUUAUACUCUGACUCUCGUGGAAACAUCUUGGUCGCAACGAACGAUACUACCACGGGUAAUUCGGAAGUAUUCGCUUUGAAGAUUCCGAAUGAAAGGAGAAAUUCAUUAAUUUCGGAGGCUCCGAGUAUUGCUACUCUAGCUUUCCCAUCUGAAGAUAGGAACAAUAAACUUGAUUCCGAGAGUUGA